UCUUGACCAUGGUCAGGAUAAAAGAUCCUCAGACCCAGUCAGUGGUUAAAGGAGAAUAUGGUGCAGAUGUGCUAGUGACCAAUGGCCCAUUCUUGGUCAAAGUACUACUAGAAAAAAAUAACAGUAGAAAUUUGCCUGGAUGACUAGACAGAGACAUGUCUAUUUUACCUUUUCCCUUCCAUUUUGCUAUUAUCCGCAUCGCUUAUCUGUGUUUGAUAAGUAACGAACCCAGACCUUGGGUAUGCUGGGCAAGCACUCCUACCAAUGAGCCGCAUUCUCAAACCCUAUUUCAUAUAUUUUCAACCUUAAACUUUAAAAAACAAUAACAACAAAAACAAAAACAAACCCUGCUCUUCCAUCUUGGGGAAUGAAUCAAACGGGAGUUCAUAUCGAUGCCAUCCUGGCUUUUCUCCAAUGCAUCCCCAUAGUCACCUUAGUCAGAACUAAUCAAGUUGGGCAUGGAGGCGAGAUUUCAGAUUAGUGGAACUUUAAAAGCCCCGGUGAGGCAGAUUGCAGCCCGGACUAUCUGGAGAGCACCAAAUCUAAGACUUCCGCGCCCCUGGAGAGUAUUUGUUUAUCUCUCCUACCCCACGCUCUGGUCCGCCCAGCUCUAGUUAUGCGCAGUCUCCUGGAGUUGUUUGCCGUCUCUAUGGUAACCCGGUAGGAGGAGUCUGAAAAUGGAGACCACCGAGUCUACGGAGGGCUCUGCGUCGCGAACUUUUGAUGUACAGCCCAGCUCUGAAGGACUAGAGACCACUUCAGAACCCAUUCCUUCGUCGGGUAGUACUCCUCGGUCCACUGUCCCGCCAGCAUUACGUGCAGGGGCUCCUGUGCAGUAUUCGGUGCUUACAGAGCCCUCCUCUGACAGUCUUUACGAGGCAACCUGCCCUGCAUCCCAUCAGAGAGGCCAUGGGUUUGGCUUCCAGCCCUUCUAUGUUUCUUGUAUUCCUCAGGAUCCCUGUAAUACCGGAGACCUCGGCUCAAGCCCUGAUCCUACCUCUUCUUACCCCUGUCAUAGCUCUGUUCACGGCUCUGGCUCUGGCACUUGCUGUGGUCUUGCCCAGAGCUCUGAGCCUAGCCAGGGCUCCGGUCCCACCUCUGGGCCUGCUCCUGCCUCUGGACCGAGUCUUGUCUCUGGACCUGGUUCUGCCUCUGGACCUGAUUCUUCUGCCUCUGGCCCUGCUCUUGCGCCUGGACCAGGGCCUGCUGACUCUGGACCUGGUCAUAAGCUCGGCACUUGCAUUCCUCAAGGGUACAAAUGCGCCCCAAUAGAUCUUAUCCCUGAUUAUAACGCAUGGUGCCAGCACUUACACUGGAAGCCACAACACUCCUGGGAACCUCUUCAAGUUUCAGAACCUGGAGUAAGAGGACCAUGUAGCCCUCCAGAACCUGUAGUAAUAUGUCCAUGUAAACCUCCAGAAGUUGAAUCUGAGGAAAUUCUCUGUAAAACACGGCCACGUGGCCAGUGCCUGCUCUACAACUGGGAGGAAGAGAGAGCCACCAAUGACCUGGAUCAAACCCCACCAUUGCAAGAUGGCUCCGAGAGUUACUUCUUCCGACACGGACACCGGGGUCUGCUGAGCUUGCAGUUUCAGUCGCCCAUGUCUUCUAGCACCACCCACAGAGACUCAUACCAGCUCCCAAGACACGCCUGUCAGCCACUUCGAGGGAAGCGUGAAGCCAUGCUGGAGACGCUCCUGCACCACCAGAUCUGCAAAGAGGUGCAGACAGAGCAGGAGCCUGAAAGGAAGCUCUUUGAGACCGAGUCAAUAGCACACCAUGACUACAGAGUGGAGCUCGUAGGAGCAGGUCCUCCUGCCCCAACAAAGCCUCAUGAUUACCGCCAGGAGCAGCCUGAAACCUUCUGGAUUCAGCAAGCAGCAAGGCUACCGGGUGUCAGUUACAUCAGGACACUGGACACACCAUUCCGGAAGAACUGCAGCUUCACGACGCCAGUGCCCUUGUCGCUGGGGCAGCCUUUGCCUUACGAACUUGAGGACAGCCCCCACCAAAUGGGGGUAAUGUCUUCCCUUGCCUGUCAGGGAGGAGGGCAGGGGUGUGGAAGGUAGAGAACAGCUCCAGCCUAAGAGUGAGGAGAGAAGCCAACAUGGGCUUUAGCAUCUGUUUCUGUUUACACGACAGAGGUAGUUUGGAUGGAGUUGCUUCUCUGUCCUCAACAAGGGGUUUUACAUAAAGCACACUC